AUGUCUGGUUUAGUUUUAUCUGCCACUCGACAAAUUUCCUACAGUCAUCCUCCUGCUAAUCAGCCUUUAGUCAAAAAUUCAAAUACGAAAAAUAUUCCUAACAUUCCCCCCGAAAUCAUUCGUAUAAUUCUUGGUUUAUUAAAAGGUGACAAGAAAACCAUUACCGCUUGCGCUUUAGUAAAUCGCACGUUUAAUCUUCACGUCACACCAAUCUUAUAUCAUACCGUUUCUUUCUCAUUCCCUUACACCUUUACUUUAUUCGCCAAAGCUACCAUCGGUGAAUCUCAGCGUUACCGAAUGAUUCGUCAUUUGGAUCUUUCUGGUUUCUCUACCAUGGGCUUACAAAAGAGCGACGCUACAAUUCAGAAGGUCGUUACCCCAGAAACUCUUAUAAGCAUUCUACGAUCUUGCAUCAUGUUGGAGACUUUCUCCGUUUCGGAAACGUUGGAAUCAACUAUCAAUUUUGAAGUUUUACAGGUUCUCGCUUUCGAAUCUAAGAACAUUAAAACUUUGGAUUUUUGUGGAUUUUCGAGCAAACAAUUCGGUUCGGCUCUUGCCUCCUUAGCAGAAGUUAUGGGUCGUGCAAGAUUGGUUCAAUAUUAUGAAGAAGAAGAUGAUGAAGAGGAGCUGACUCACUCAUUCCAAAAUGUGAAUAAUGUAGCAUUAUCAGUCCUUAAACGCCUUUCUUUACACGAAUGUUCAAUCAUCUCGGAAUAUUCCACCAUUCUUACCCUACUUGCACACGCACCAAACAUCACUCACCUUGAUUUGGGUGGUUGUUCCAUUAGUGAUAUGACAAUUAAUUUCCUUGCAACUAAAACCAACUUGACAAAAAUAUUAACCCAUUUAUUACUCGCCAGAUGUAAAAAUAUUUCUUCUGAGGCUAUCGCAUCUUUGGUAAUUCAAUGUGAGAAUUUGAGAGUUCUCAACCUUUAUGGUAUUGCCACCGCUAUUAGCGAAUAUGAUCUUAUUACCAUUUUAAGCUCUCCAUCUGUUAAGAAUUUACAAACCUUGGACGUUGGUUUGUCUCACAUGACAACAAGUACUUUGUAUGCCAUACAGGAAAAUUGCACUUCUUCUUUACAAUUCCUUGGAAUUGCAAAAGCUCAAAUUCCAUUUUCUACUCAAUUAGAUAGCUUUCUUAAAUCGAUGCCAAGCAUAAAGUACAUUGAUUUUACCGGUGUGUUGUGUUUGACACCAAUAAUUAUUAGGGACCUUUUAGAUAAUUUACAAAAGAAUCAUUCACUUCAUACCGUCGAAAUGAGCGAAUCUUUACUCAAAAACCUUUAUACCAUCAACGGAUGGAGGAUCAAUGACAACUUUAGUAGAAGGUAUUGUUAUACAAAACUAUCCCAUGGCAAAGGAAGAGUUCAUUCGAGAAAGUUGGAUGUGGCUGAAUCCGGUUCGGAAAGAAUGAGUAAAAUUUUUAAAUAUUAUAGUUUUGACGUUUGA